AUGGCUGGGAUCCCGAUCCCUUUCGCCGUGGGAGACGAGGUCGAGGAGAAGAGUUACAACCAUGGAUUUCGAGGAGCCUGGUUCCGUGCCAAGAUCGAGAAGAUCGAGCGCUUGCGAAAGGAUGUUUACUGCACGCUGAGCUAUUUCGACUACGAAGGAGAGACUACGAUCCCGCUCUACCAGCAUCCUCCAGGCGUUCCACCUUCGGGAUGGAGGGAGAUCAUGCUAAGGCCCAAGUUCCCGGAGAUCCAGGUGAUCAGGAAGUGGAAAGAGGGCGACGAGGCCGACUAUCCGUGGAGGAGCGCUCGGUGGUAUGGCAAAGUCGUGCAAGUCAUCGACGAUCACACGGGAGUGGUGAGCUUAGCCGAGAAAACUUGUCUUUGGUUCUAA